AUGCGUUUCACCAUCGCCACCCUCUUCACUCUUGCCGCCAUGUCCAUGGCUCAGGUUACACCAAACAACGCGGGUGCUAAGAAUGUUGGCCAAGGCAACGGCGCGCAGUUCAUCACAGGUGGAUGUGUGUCAGAUGCCGACUGCAGCUCAGCGUGCUGCGCCCAGGUUGCCUCGACUGGCAACGGUGUGUGCAGUGCUGAAGUAGCGAGUCAACAGAACGGAAAGACGGGUUGCGGUUUCAACGACCCCAAUGCCGCCGCCGUGAUUGCGGCCGCGAAAGCUCAGGUUGAGCGCCAGGGAUUCAAGAGGGUUGUCCGAAAGGAAUAG